CACACAUUCCCCCCCUUCGGCAGGAAGUGGUGGUAUGGUCCAAUUAUCUUCCUUUGUAUUUAAUGGUUUCAAACCCUGGCUACCAUCUUUUUGUCCGGCAACUCCCAGGGAUGAUAGCAGAGCUAACAGUCAAACAAGCAAAGGAUGUAACUCUGGAGUGCUAUGGCCCCAGUGAUGCUAACAUAAUGAUAAGCUGGCAAAAGCCUGACCUGCAGUCAGAGUAUUAUGUGUUCUACUUCAGCGAUGAACACAUUCACAAAGACAAACAGCAUGAAUCAUUUAAAGGUCGAGUGGAGCUGAAAGAUCCAGAGAUAAAGAAUGGAAACUUUUCUGUGAUUCUCAAAAAUGUCACCAUGAACGACGCUGGAAAAUAUGAAUGUUAUGCUGGAUACAACAGACAGAGACCUCAGCUUUUGAAGAGCAUCAACCUGAAGGUAGAAGAAGGUCAGACAGUACUCGAUAAGGACAAAGACCAGAGGAGUGGAGCUGAUGGUGUAGAAGUUGACAUGUCGAUUUCCGUUGUGCUUGCUGCUGCUGUUUUGUUGUUUUAGCCGUCUGUUGAACUGCAGCCAGUUUGAAAGGCCACAGAUGGAAAUAUCACAGUGUAUAUUCACUCCACCCACCCACUCAGCAUUCACAGUGACAGAUGUGCUGAGGACAGACAGAAGUUAACGAUGCACAAUUAAACUGGAAUUUAGCACCUGGAGGAAACAUUAAGUUAUGUUCGUGUUUGUGAUUAUCUGAAGUUUCCUGCUCAACAUACAUGUUUGUUUACAUUGUUAUCUGCUGCCUUUUUUAGUCACCAUCAAAUAUCACUGAGCUAUUAUGAAUUCUGAAUUUUACAUUUUGAUAUUUUUGUCCUACAUAUUUUUCAUUUUACAUGAUUUUUGCAUUUUUAAAGGCUUAAAAUACUGUUGAGAAGGAAGGUUACAUUACAUAGAAAGAGGGCCAAAUAUAAGCCUUGAUGGCCAUCACUAGUCCACUGGAUGACUUUGAAAAAUAUAAAAUGUGAAUUAAAAAAGAAAAAGUAAGAUGUUGGACUAUUUACUGUAUUUUGUCAUUAACAGUGGAUAACAUCAUGAGAAUCGAUCAUAGAUUAAUUUUUUUUAAACUAUUAGUAUAAAGAACAAAGUUUUUAUAACAAAUUUUCAGGAUUGAUGAAUCUGUAACAUCAGCAAAAUGUUUUACACUUGGUCAUGUGCAAUAAAGGACAUGUGAAUGAA